AGUGAACGUGAAGUGGGGAAAGGAGAAGUUUGAUAAUGUGGAGUUGAACACCGAUGAGCCACCAAUGGUUUUUAAGGCCCAGCUGUUUGCCUUGACUGGAGUUCAGCCAGACAGACAAAAAGUCAUGGUUAAGGGAGGAACUUUAAAGGAUGAUGACUGGGGAAACCUCAAAAUAAAAAAUGGAAUGAGCUUGUUAAUGGUUGGGUCAGCUGAGGCUCUUCCUGAGGAGCCAGCAGUGAGACCUAUCUUUGUAGAGGAUAUGACGGAGGAGCAACUGGCCUCAGCUAUGGAACUACCCUGUGGCUUAACAAACCUGGGAAACACCUGUUAUAUGAAUGCCACUGUUCAGUGUAUCCGCUCAGUGCCAGAGCUGAAAGAUUCUCUUAAACGCUAUGCGGGUGCCUUGAGAGCUUCUGGGGAAAUGGCUUCUGCUCAGUACAUUACAGCAGCCCUCAGAGACCUGUUUGAAUCUAUGGACAAGACCUCUUCCAGUAUCCCUCCUAUCAUCCUCCUGCAGUUCUUGCACAUGGCCUUCCCACAGUUUGCAGAGAAAGGUGAACAGGGGCAGUACCUGCAGCAGGAUGCCAAUGAAUGCUGGGUACAAGUAAUGAGAGUGCUACAGCAGAAGUUAGAACCCAUAGAAGGGGACACUGACAUGGAGACCAACUCAGGAGCUGCUGCUGCACCAAAGAAGAAGAAAAGCUUUAUUGACCAGUUUUUUGGCAUAGAAUUUGAGUCGAGCAUGAAAUGCACUGAAUCUGAAGAGGAAGAAGUAACAAAAAGUAAAGAAACCCAGUUACAGCUCAGCUGUUUCAUUAACCAAGAAGUAAAGUAUCUCUUUACUGGACUCAAGUUGCGCCUUCAAGAAGAAAUCACCAAACAUUCACCGUCACUGCAAAGAAAUGCUUUAUAUAUCAAAACUUCCAGAUUAAGCCGUUUACCAGCCUACCUGACUAUCCAGAUGGUCCGAUUCUUUUAUAAAGAGAAGGAGUCUGUCAAUGCCAAAGUUCUUAAGGAUGUUAAAUUUCCUCUUAUGUUGGAUAUAUACGACCUGAGCACACCGGAGCUUCAGGAAAAGAUGGUCCCAUUCCGUUCCAAAUUUAAAGACUUGGAAGACAAAAAAGUAUCUGGGCAGGCACCAAAGGCUAAUCAAGGGGCACAAAAAGAAGUUAAAUAUGAACCGUUUGCCUUUCCUGAUGAUGUUGGGUCUAAUAAUUGUGGUUACUAUGAACUGCAGGCAGUUCUUACACACCAGGGGAGAUCAAGUUCAUCGGGACACUAUGUUUCAUGGGUUAAAAGGAAACAAGAUGAAUGGAUUAAGUUUGAUGAUGACAAAGUGAGCAUUGUCUCUCCUGAAGAUAUACUAAGGCUGUCAGGAGGUGGAGACUGGCAUAUAGCUUAUGUUCUACUUUAUGGACCCCGACAAAUCGAAGCUUCCGAGGAGACCGAACAAUAA